CACUUCUGUGUUGGAUCUGUGUUUUGAUGCCCGCUGAGAUGGAUUCUACUUUGUAAAUGUACAUAAAACAACCUUUCAUGGUGUGAGCGUGACUUGAAACGGCCCGUGGACACGUGAAUGCGGCUGGUGCAGACUGACAGUCAGUUCUAGAUUGUAAAGUUGGACUUCUGGAAUCAUGACAGCAGAGGAGAUCAUCAACAUUAAAGAGGCGGAGGUCAUCAAACUCAUCCUGGACUUUCUGAACUCUAGGAGGCUGCACAUCAGUAUGCUGGCCCUGGAGAAGGAGAGUGGCGUCAUCAAUGGACUCUUUUCAGACGAUAUGCUUUUCCUCCGGCAGCUGAUUUUAGAUGGCCAGUGGGAUGAAGUUAUGCAGUUUAUCCAACCUCUAGAAUUAAUGGAGAAAUUUGACAAGAAAAGGUUUCGGUAUAUAAUUUAUAAACAGAAGUUUUUGGAAGCGUUGUGUGUAAAUAAUGCCAUGUCUGUUGCAGAGGAUCCCCUUAAUCUGGAGCUCAGCAUGCAGGAGGCAGUGAAGUGUCUCAACAGUCUUGAGGAGUUCUGUCCCACUAAAGAAGAUUACAGUAAACUGUGCCUGCUGCUGACCCUCCCUCGCCUCACCCACCACGCCGAGUUUAAAGAGUGGAACCCCAGCACAGCCCGGGUGCACUGCUUUGAGGAGGCCUGUGCCAUGGUGGCCGAGUUCAUCCCUGCGGACAGAAAGUUGAGUGAGGCCGGAUUCAGAGCCAGUGGGAACAGGCUAUUCCAGCUACUUAUCAAAGGCAUCCUCUAUGAGUGCUGUGUGGAGUUUUGUCAGAGUAAAGCUACAGGUGAGGAGAUCAGAGAGGGGGAGGUGCUUCUCGGAGUGGACUUACUUUGUGGAAAUGGCUGCGAUGAGUUGGAUCUGUCCCUCCUGUCCUGGCUCCAGAACCUCUCCUCUGGUGUCUUUACCUGUGCGUUUGAACAGAAGACUCUGAACAUUCACGUGGAUAAACUGGUGAAACCCUGUAAGGCCGGCCACGCGGACCUGCUCACCCCCCUCAUGAAUCGCCUGUCCCCCUGUCCCACCUCACCUUUCCACCACAGACCCCAUUCAGCAGAUACCUACAUGUCCAGGUCCCUCAACCCCGCUCUGGACGGCCUGUCACAUGGUCUUGCAGCACAGGAUAAGAGAGGCAUGGAGGCCAAUGCAAAGGCAGCCCUGAGUCGGAGCUUAGUCGAAAACCACUUUCAUCAGCAGGAGGAUUCACCUGAACGGAAACUUCCACAGGGCCUUGAUGGUCCCAACCCAGUGCGCACUCCUCUGACCCCGGGCAAAGACGGCGGGCCGCCAUGCAGCACAGAAUUAAAUGAGCGCCGAGGCUCCACUGAACAGAUACAAGAAUACUAUCGUCAGCGGCAUCGUGUGCAGCAACAUCUGGAGCAAAAGCAGCAGCAGAGGCAACUGUACCAACAGAUGCUCUUGGAGGGAGGGGUCAAACCACAAAAUGGGACUCAAAACAACCUCACAGAAACUUUCCUCAACAGAUCUAUUCAGAAGUUGGAGGAGAUGAACGUGGGACUUGAACACAGAGGAGAGGAGGUGAUGGGGCAGUUGGGGCCACAGUGGAAUGGACUAGCAGGGAAUGGCAGCACGCCAAGCCCCGGGACCACCCACAACCACCACACACCUGAAACUGUGCUGCCGAAAGAGAAGACCGGAGGGGUGAGCAGUAGCACCCCUUUGAAGACAGGAGGAGGCCACAUCAUGCCCUGCCUCAGCGAAUCUCCUGUUCCUAUCAGUCACAGUGCUGAAAAGAUCCGGAUCCAGGAUCAGUCUGGUAGCUUAGCAACUCGCCACCCGCCCCAAGAGCAAGGAAGGACCAAAGCCCAUUUUGUCAGAGUGACCCAGCUGGAGGACACUCAGGCUCUGCGUGCGGUGGCCUUUAACCCCUCAGGGUCUCUGUACGCUGUGGGCUCCAACUCAAAGACACUAAGAGUCUGUGCUUACCCCGAAACAAUGUUGGCAAGUCCGGGUGUAAUCAAGCAAGCAGUGGUGCGCUUCCGGAGAAAUAAACACCACAAGGGCUCCAUCUACUGUGUGGCAUGGAGUCACUGCGGACAGCUGUUGGCCACUGGUUCAAAUGAUAAAUAUGUCAAAGUUUUGCCUUUUAAUCCUGACAACUGCAAUGCAACAGGACCAGACUUGGAGUUCAGUAUGCACGAUGGUACCAUUAGGGACCUGGCGUUUAUGGAGGGUCCGGAGAGUGGGGGGUCCAUCCUGAUUAGUGCUGGAGCUGGAGACUGCAACAUCUACACUACCGACUGUCAGAGGGGACAGGGUCUACACGCCCUCAGCGGACAUACUGGUCAUAUUCUGACUCUGUACACGUGGGGAGGCUGGAUGAUUGCCUCUGGUUCCCAAGACAAGACUGUUCGAUUUUGGGAUCUGCGGGUGCCCAGUUGUGUCCGUGUAAUUGGCACAACACUACAUGGCUCAGGAAGUGCAGUUGCUUCUGUAGCAGUGGACCCCAGCGGGCGGCUGUUGGCCACUGGGCAGGAGGACAGCACCUGUAUGCUGUAUGACAUUAAAGGGGGCCGCAUAGUGCAGACGUAUCGCCCCCACACCAGUGAUGUCCGCUCUGUGCGCUUCUCACCGGGAGCACAUCAUCUCCUAACAGGCUCCUAUGACAACAAAAUCAUCAUCAGUGACCUUCAAGGAGACCUAACUAAGCCCCUCCCUCAGACCUUGGCCGGGGAGCAUUGGGAUAAAGUGAUCCAGUGUCGGUGGCACCCUCAUGACAAGACCUUCCUCUCUUCGUCGGCCGAUCGCACGGCUGUCCUUUGGGCUCCACCGUCUCCCUGACCUCCUACCUGAACAUGUUACACACAUUCAGCUGUGGGGUGUGUUUUUGAUGACUUGGGUGUAUGUGUGCAAACAAGUUAACUUUUACUGUUCAAAUAUGCAUAGGAGAAGUAAAUAUUUCCUUGUCGUGACUUUUGCAUUAAGAAAAAAAUCCAGUGAUUGCUCUAGAAAGUACCACCUUGGCUCAUUUGUAAUGUUUCAUGCAGAUGCAGAACAUGUUCAGUGACAAAACACAUUGAAGCUUAUGUAGCCACAGCUCACACAUUUUGUCAACAAGUGACAAAAGUAAAACAUUUGAGAAUUAUUUAAUUUUUAGCUGUUGAAUAAUUGAUGCAUUAAAGCUCAAUAAUUUGCUCUAAUGUUA